GAUGGAGGAGAAAAGUAAGAAGGACCAUCGGGCUUUGCUCAACCAGGGAGAGGAGAAUGAACUGGAGGUGUUUGGUUACCAGACCCAGAAUCUACGCAGAGCCUUCUGCCUCACAGGGUCUGUGCUGACCUGUGGGAUCCUUCCGCUGUUAUUCUACUGGAGGCCGCACUGGAGGGUGUGGGCCACCUGCAUCCCGUGCCCCUUGGAAGAAGCAGACACUGUUUUGCUAAGGACAACGGAUGAAUUUCAAAGAUAUGUGAGGAAGAAGGUGAUCUGCCUGUACUUAUCCACACUAAAAUUUUCUAUCAGCAAGAACCCGGAACUGCCCGUUGUAGCGGAUCCCCACUCGGUCAUAAACCAAGCCGUACUGAAACCAGAGUUAAAACUACGAUGUAUCCAAGUGCAGAAGAUCAGGUAUGUUUGGGACAACUUGGAGAAGAGGUUUCGGAAAGUGGGGUUGCUAGAAGACCACCACUCCUGCUAUGACAUCCACCAUAUGUUUGGACCAGGUCUGACCAGUGAAGAGCAGGAGGUCAGAAGACUAGUGUGUGGGCCCAAUGCCAUUGAGGUUGAAAUCCAACCCGUAUGGAAGCUGCUUGUUAAACAGGUUUUAAAUCCAUUUUAUGUGUUCCAAGUCUUUACCUUAACUCUGUGGCUGUCUCACGGUUACAUAGAAUAUUCAGUGGCCAUCAUCAUCUUGUCUAUUAUCUCCAUUGUCUUAAGUGUAUAUGAUUUGCGACAGCAAUCAGUGAAGCUGCACAACCUCGUGGAGGAUCACAACAAAGUCCAGGUUACAAUCACAGUAAAAGGCAAAGGUUUGCAGAAGCUGGAUUCCCGUCUCUUGGUCCCUGGAGAUGUCCUUAUUCUUCCAGAAAAAUUGUCACUGCCGUGUGAUGCUGUUCUAAUUGAUGGAAAGUGUGUGGUGAACGAAGGCAUGCUCACAGGAGAAAGUAUACCUGUCACAAAGAUGCCACUGCCCCAUAUGGAGAAUACCAUGCCCUGGAAAUCCCACAGCUUGGAGGACUAUCGGAAACACAUCCUUUUCUGUGGAACAGAAGUGAUCCAGGUCCAGCCCUCUGGGCAGGGACCAGUCAGGGCAGUUGUUUUGCAAACAGGCUACAAUACAGCCAAAGGGGACCUGGUGAGAUCCAUCCUUUACCCCCGGCCUCUGAACUUCAAACUGUACAGCGAUGCCUUCAAGUUCAUAGUGUUCCUGGCCUGCCUCGGAGUUGUGGGUUUUUUCUAUGCCCUUGGUGUGUAUACGUACCAUGGAGUCUCUCCAAGAGAAACGGCAUCCAUGGCCCUGAUCCUCUUCACCACGACGGUCCCUCCGGUGCUGCCCGCGGCCCUGACCACGGGCAUCAUGUAUGCGCAGAAGAGGCUGAGGGAGAAGAAAAUCUUCUGCAUCUCCCCGCAGAGGAUCAAUAUGUGCGGGCAAAUCAACCUCGUGUGCUUUGACAAAACUGGCACUCUUACAGAAGAUGGGUUGGACCUCUGGGGGACAGUCCCCGCCGCUGACAACUGUUUUCAGGAAGGCCACAACUUUGCCUCGGGCAGGGCUUUGCCGUGGGGCCCACUGUGCGCUGCCAUGGCCAGCUGCCACUCUCUGAUCCUUCUGGACGGGACCAUCCAGGGAGAUCCACUGGACCUCAAGAUGUUUGAGGGCACUGCCUGGAUAAUGGAAGAUUGCAAUGUAGAAUGCUGCAAAUUUAGAACGUCAGACUCCAAUAUAAUAAUAAAACCAGGACCGAAAGCCAGUCGGAGCCCGGUGGACGCCAUCACCAUCUUGCGCCAGUUCCCAUUCUCAUCGAGCCUGCAGAGGAUGUCCGUGGUGGCUCAGCUGGCAGGGGAGGAUCACUUCCACGUCUACAUGAAGGGUGCCCCUGAGAUGUUGGCCAAGUUCUGCAGGUCUGAAACAGUGCCCAGGAAUUUCCCACAGGAGCUGAGGAGUCACACAAUGCAAGGCUUCCGUGUCAUUGCCCUUGCCCACAAGGCCUUGAGCAUGGGGAAGCUUUCGGAAGUGGAGAGUUUAUCUAGAGAGACGGUGGAAUCAGAGUUGACAUUUCUAGGGCUUCUCAUAAUGGAAAAUCGCUUGAAAAAGGAAACCAAACCAGUCUUGGAGGAGCUGAGAGAGGCCUGCAUCAAGACCGUGAUGAUUACCGGUGACAACCUGCAAACAGCCAUUACUGUAGCGAAGAAUGCCGAAAUGAUCCCGCAAGGGAGCCAAGUCAUCCUUGUUGAAGCCAAUGAACCAGAAGAGUUUGUUCCUGCCUCUGUGACCUGGCAUCUUGUAGAGAACCAGGAGAAUGGACCUGGGAAGAAUGAAAUCUACAUUAACAUUGGAAACAGUUCAGUGCCUCCUGGAGAAAAAGGGAGCAGUUAUCAUUUUGCAAUGAGUGGGAAAUCAUACCAAGUGCUAUUUCAGCAUUUCAACAGCUUGCUUCCAAAAAUUCUGGUGAAUGGAACCAUUUUUGCAAGAAUGUCUCCUGGGCAAAAAUCAAGUCUUGUUGAAGAAUUUCAGAAAUUAAAUUAUUAUGUGGGCAUGUGUGGAGAUGGAGCCAAUGACUGUGGGGCUUUGAAAAUGGCUCACGCGGGCAUUUCCUUGUCAGAGCAGGAGGCAUCUGUGGCCUCCCCUUUCACCUCGAAAAUAGCCAACAUCAAGUGUGUGCCUCAUCUGAUCAAAGAAGGCCGAGCUGCUCUGGUUUCAUCCUUUGGGGUAUUUAAAUACUUGACCAUGUAUGGCAUGAUCCAGUUUAUUGGUGCAUCACUGCUCUAUUGGCAUCUACAACUCUUUGGGAAUUACCAGUACCUCAUACAAGAUGUAGCCAUUACCUUGAUGGUCUGUUUAACAAUGAGUUCAACUCAUGCCUACCCAAAGCUGGCUCCAUACCGACCAGCAGGACAGCUCCUCUCUCCCCCGUUGCUGCUCUCGGUCUUGUUGAAUACCUGCUUCACCUGCAUCGUGCAGAUCUGUGCAUUUCUCUGUGUGAAGCAGCAGCCCUGGUACUGUGAGGUCUACAGAUACAGUGAGUGUUUUCUGGACAACCAAGGUAAUUUCUCAACAAAUAUGAGUUUGGAAGGGAACUGGACUGGAAAUGCAACUCUGAUUCCUGGUUCAAUUUUGAGUUUUGAGAGUACCACCCUGUGGCCCAUCACCACUAUCAACUGUGUCACAGUAGCAUUCAUCUUUUCUAAGGGAAAGCCAUUUCGAAAACCCAUCUACACAAACUAUAUAUUCUCAUUUCUGCUGAUAUCUGCCCUGGGCCUCACCGUUUUCAUUCUGUUUUCUGAUUUUCAAGAUAUAUACCAAGGAAUGGAGUUCAUCCCAACCACAACAUCAUGGAGGGUUUCGAUCCUGGUGGCAGCCCUCAUCCAGUUCUGUGUGGCCUUCUUUGUGGAGGAUGCCAUCCUUCAAAAUCGAGAGCUCUGGCUAUUGAUCAAAAAAAAAUUUGGAUUCUAUUCGAAAAGUCAAUAUAGGAACUGGCAAAAGAAGCUGGCAGAAGACUCCAACUGGCCUCCCACAAACAGGACAGAUUAUGCAGGCGAAGGCAAAAAUGGAUUCUACCUCAACCGAGGCUAUGAAAGCCCUGAAUGGAUUCCAAGGGGAAAACUCGAGUGGGGAGGCCAAAGCACAGAACAGCAUUUUUGGACCAGACUGUAAUCAGAAUUGAUGUUGUACAUGCCUGACAGCAUCCCCCUUUUUCCCAGAAACUAAAGCACUGCGGAGAGGUGAAGAGAGUUUGCCCUUAUCUCUUCUCUCUCCAGCUGAGCCCAUUUCUCAGUGUAUUGAGCUUUGCAACAAAGGACCUUAAAUAUGUUUAUUUUGACUGUAUCCUAUCCCCUACCACUGAAGGAAAAAAUACAUUGCCUGGAUUGUCAUUUUAAAAAAAUAAACUUUAUUCAUAUUACAUCGCA